AUGGUCGUAUCUUGCGCCAUGCGGUUCUGCAUGGCGACGAGUGUUGACCACCUGAGUUCUCUGGACCUGGGCUUGCUCGCCCUGGACCAGCAGAGGCUGUGCCGUCGGGACUGGACGUGGCUGGUCAGCACUUUGACCACCACCGAAACUACUACGAUCCUCUGGGAUCUCCUGGCCUGA